CCAGGCAGACAAAUGACGACCAUGUCCGCGAAGGCCUACGGAGACCGCAAUCCUGACAGGUUCUUUCGUCGCUCCCUGAGGAUCCUCGCCCUCGUGGCUGUGCUCUCGUUUCUCGUCUUCGUGCUGAGACCCCUGCGGUCUAUCGAAGGUCCGUUGUCCAUCGGCGCGUACCAGGCUUCGGCCAUCGGCUCGUCCGUGGCGGCAGCCGCCGUCCGGUACGGCUGCGACCAGGCGUCGGAGGACGCGCGCGAGGCCAUCGACUUAGUAGUCGAUGGCCUCGCGAUGGGUCGUCGGAGUCCUCGCCGACCCAUGCGAGGACUUCCACGCCUACGCCUGCCACCCGACCCGACGCAGGGACAGGGGACAGCCCGAGGACGAAAGAAGGACGCUUCAGCGCGUGCUGCUCGAGCUGUCCUUACGGAACGACAGCGACCACGUGGCCACGCAAGCGGCCACGCUCUUCAAGUCGUGCCUCGGGACGCCUCUCUCACUGGAGGUCGUGCUUCAGCAGAACAUGCUGGAAUUCCUGAAUAUCUCUAAGUUAACCAUGGAAACCGCAUUGGGUUUCAUAAAGACGCCGCACGACAUCGCGAACUUCUCGUCGUUGCUUUGGAACGCUCAUGGAAUUAUGCCAUUCAUGUAUUUAGAGAGCGGCCGAAAUGAAACUAUAGCGAUCAGCUUUUCACGACCUUUCUCUGCAUACUUGAACACAAGCUCUGUGUACGCCGUUUUAAAAGGCGUGACGCAACUUUUCGAGACAUCUAAUGACGUGCGCUCUAAGGUCACCGACAGACUCGUGGGCGCCGACCGGGAGCUGGCUGCAGCUUUGACCGAGGUCGACACAUUUCAUCUGACGAUAGAAGGCCUCGCGGCCACCACUGAAGGAGACAUCGCCAAAUCUGCCUGGCAGAAGAUCAUCCAGGCAUACAGUUCUCGGAACGGGAUCGUGUCAAGUUCAGCAGCAACUGUCAGCGUGGAAAGUCUGAAGAGAAUCUUCACCGUCCUUUUCGACAAGCUGGCCCCGCGAGAGGCAGCCAUCUACUCCAUGGCCCACGCGCUGCUUCCAACUCAAGUGCUCGCAGUUCUGCUCGAUGACCACCGCAUCGACGCCUGCUUCCGGCUAAUCGGAGACACCUUGGGCACGAGUUGGCGGGACCUUGAGUCUUACCUGUUGGGCUUCUUCGACGAGAACCACGAAGCGCAGUCAGUGGCCGACUCACUCGUGUCCACUCUCGAAAAGAUGCUUCGACAAAACUACGCACUGGACAAAGAGAAAGCUGGUGCUGCUGUGGCCAAACUGAAGAAACUCAGACUCGACAUGCUCUCAGUAGAGGGCCUGGCCAGCAUCCUGAAGAGCACGGCGUGUCGGGGCAACGUGAGCGAUCGCAGUCUGUACAGGAACGUCAUCCAAUGUCGAGGCUCUAGCCAGAACGUAAGGAGCGCCAAGAACGACACAACACGCCGACGAGAAAGGUCUAGCCUUUCCACGACUACCAUUCUACUUCCCGUCGAAUCCUUCAAGCCUUCCUCUUUCUGUCAUGGACGCGAUAACCUGCUAAACUACGCCACCCUCGGAACUGACCUCGCAUCUAGGAUUCUGCGCUACGUCUCAGAACCGCUUGGCGGCGCUGCUUCGUCAGUAUCAGAGGCGGGAAGCAGAGAAACCCUCGUCCCUGCCUUGACCACUAACGUCUCGACGUGCCUGUCGAAAAAGUCGACACGCAGGCCCCUCGGCAAGGUGCUGGAAGGCGUAGCUUCGCAGAUGGUCGCCUUCCAGGUGGCGCUGCAAGCCAGCAAAUCUCACGCGAGCGUCUGGUCUCGCCUCGAGAAUGCAGCCGACGCUCCGGCCUGGAAGCAGACGUACUUCGUCAAGUACUGCCAGAGACUGUGCAGCAAGGCCAUGUCUGACUCGUUUACCGCCGCGUUAGACGCGGCGCUCGUGUGCAACUUGGUCGUCAUGAACUCGCCCGAGUUUGCACAACUGUUCGCAUGCGAGCGCGGCGACCCGAUGGUUCCUUCCGAGUACUGCUUGGCGUUAUAAUGAAACGAAAUCAAAAAAGGGUGU